AUGUCGUCCAUCUCUCCUACCGGCUCCUACUCCCCCUCCCAACCUCACGACCCAGGCAGCGCAUACAAAUACGAAGAUCAGUCCGCAUACCAAAUUCCUUCCACCUACGCCAACCAGUUCGAGGUUUCAGUGCCUGCCCCUCGGUCCGAUGCAGGACCCUCACAAGCAAAACCUACAAGGCAGCAGUCAACGGGCUCAUCCGAACCAAGGGUUCGUCUUAGAAAGGCCUGCGACAGUUGCAGCGUGCGAAAGGUCAAGUGCGACGAAGCUGGACCUCCCUGCAAGUCAUGCGCCGCCCUCGAUAUUCCUUGCACCUUUGAUCGCCCGAGCCGACGCCGUGGCCCUCCCAAUAGACAUGCAGAAGCCAUCAAGAGACAGAAGCUGGAGAGCGUGGCAUACGAAGCGUCCCGAGGUUCCCCAACCCACGAUGCUGCAUACAGUCUGGCAGCCCUCUCAGCUCCCUUGCCGCUGUCCGCCGAGUCAAUCUGCGACCUACCCACCUUGAAGAUCCUUCUGGACGAUUACUUCACAUACAUCCAUCCAUUGAUUCCUGUCCCACACGAGCCCACGUUUCGCAGAGCUUUCGACGCAAGAGAAGACAGAACAAAUCGCAGUUUCCUGGCUCUGAUCGCUGCCAUGAUAGAGUGCUUGGUGGCAUCUUUCCCACGCAGACCGCGACAACUUUUCGUCACGGAGCCAGGCAAAUCGCUGUUCCCCAAUGCUGGGGCCUUGAUUGAUCGGUGUCACCAGGUCUUCGUCGAAGCUCGAGGAAUCGGAUAUCAAGAUAGACCCUUAGGACUUUACGACGGUAUAGCCAGCUAUUUGACGGGCUUGGCCGCUGGAUAUUGUUUGAACGUUCGACGUCUCCGUUUAUAUCUUUGGGAGUGUACGAUCAUUACACGGGAGCUGAAUUUUCACCGACCAGAAACUCACCAAGCUUCGCUGGUGACGCCUGGCGGGUACGCUCCUGCCGAUGCCGAGAAACCAUCAUCCGUUGACUACGUCUAUCAAGAAUCCGGUCGCCGUCUCUUCUGGUUACUCUUUGUGGGUGCCAUGUCAGCUCGACAACUGGACGACGCAGAAGGUGAUCUGUUGAUGCCCCCUGUAUCACAUGCGGAAAUGCUCCCGCCUUUGCCCUUGGAGGUGGACGAUGAAUACAUUACGGAAUCCCAGGUGUUCCCCCAACCGCGUGGCGUCGUGGCAGAAUUGGUAGGGUUCAAUCUGAAUGUCAAGGUCUUCAGGGCAUUUCACUUUCUGGCGGCUCUAGAAAUGGCGUUCGGCGCUAAUACCGUCUACGAUUGGGACCGACAACGUCAGAUCAUCCGCCGCGCUCUUCAGAACGUGAAGGAUGCCACUCGAGAUGCCCCAAAAGAGCUGCAGCUGAAUCCAGCCAAUGGCUUCGGCGAGUGGCCACCCACCCACACCGAUAUCUCCGCCUAUUCUCACCUGUACAUCGAUCGCGAAGGAGCGGAGACGGACCCCAGUUUGACGUCUGGGAGUGCCCGAGGGUCCUUAUCCGUGCCGCCGUUUUCGAAGCGAGCCAUUCAAUUUGAGAUACAGAAGGCCAACAUCUACGCCACCCAACUCUCAUCCAGAUCAUAUCUGGUGGAGCGGUUUUGGAAUCUCUAUGAGGUUGUGGAUCGCGACAAGCUCGUCCUUCCAACUGAGAAGUCGGGGAUUGGUACUUCUCCCACGGCAGGUAUACUCACUGCGGGGAUGGAGCACAGUUUCAACAAACAGGCUACCGCGCGGACCCCGAGCGAUAGCAUGAUGGAUGCUGGUGAACAAAUGAUGGCGGUGGAGCGUGAAGACAUUGUUCGUGAUAUGGCCCUCCUGUUGAGAAGUAUCAAUCAGGUCAACAUGGAGCCCAACGGAAUGAGUAUUUGUAAUAAAAUCCGGACCGUCGCAUCCACGUUGCUGGAGACCAAGCGUUCUAGAAUGAGCGUGAUGCCUACGCUGGACUCGGAGAGUGUCAACGCCUACCUCAACACGUUCCUGCAGAUUUUGUCUAGAUUGGAACGAUUGGGACCGGCGCGAUACCGAGGCCUGGCCGACAGUGCUAAUGGAGGUCUGUUGAGGACACCCGAGGAAAUCGAGGAGGAAGAACUCGUGCAUUGGGCCAGUCUGAAGGAGCACCAGGAGCGAUUUGUUCGGUCCAACGGGUUCUGGUAA